AUGAUCGAAGGAAAACUCGACGAGAACCCAAAUCCUCACAACGAUAGCCAAGAACUCGACGGAAUCGAAAUUGAUAGUGAUGUGAACGACGAUGACAAAGAAAACGAAAAAAGCAGCGAAGAACAGAGGGAUCAAAACUCGGCAACGGAAAGCGCUGAAGAUUAUGCUGUUCCAACAGAUGUUUCGCAUCGAGUCAGUGAGUGGUUUGAUCGAAAUGCGGCGGCAGAAAGUAGGCAAUCUGAGGCAAAAGAUGAAAAUUUAGAAGACAUCAGGCAAAAAGCAAAAGAGCGCCUUGAAAAAUGUAAAGAAGGCAAGAUCACCAUCACUCGUGAUUCCCGUCAGAAAUCAGAAAAUCCAAGGACAAAAGGCUCCAAUCCCCACAUACGAAUGACACGAGCUAUGCUUCUGCAGAGAAAUAGAGCGCUUGGACUUGAUAAAGAGAAAGACGCAGAAAAGAAGAAAAUGGCUCCACUAAAGACAGUUCCAAAGCCCAAAGUAGAGAACAGAAGAGUCUCGGCGAGGUUAGAAAGUUUGUCGAAGCCACGAGCGAGAAUGAUGAGCGAUGACAAGACCAGAGGACGAAGCUUCUCGCAUGAUGUUGAUACUGACAAGAAAGUAGCUCCUCAUCCUCGCGGAAGAAAUCCGAAAAUAACGAAUCAAGGAUCUACCACAGGCACAAAUCGGUCGACAAGCCUCACCCGUGCUGGCACGGGAACAUCUCUGAAAAUAUCGAAGCCAAGAAUGAGCCUGGAUCCGAAGAUGUCACGACCUCCAACGAUGAGCCAAUCCAUGAGAGAGGGUCGCUCUGUUGCUUCGAAGACCUCAAUUGCCCGAUCAACCAGUCUGACUCGUUCCAACACCAGCAAUCUCCGCACACCAAGAGGCAGGGUCAGCCAACGAGCCACCAUCAAAAGUCCUCCAACUCCGAGCAACAGCAGUAAACGACCAUCCACUGCGGCUUCAUCUCGCCCUCCAACAUCCCUUUCUUCCACUUCGCGUCCUCAAACUGCUGGAUCAAAUAUCGAUAAAUCACAUGAAACUUCCAUCCUGUAUUCUAUGCGACUUCUCUCCCGGGCGUGCAUUGAUAAGACUCGUGAAAUCUACAAGAACACUGGAUGCACUGAAGCUGUUCCUCCAUUGUCUCCACCCAACGCAGUUGGAGAAGGCCGACCAGAGCUCGAAGUGCUUCUGAGCAAUCUCUGCCAUCUAGACCAGGUCCUUGGAAUCAUCCAAGAACAGUCUUCUAAGAAUCCGCCAAACGAACCGAUCACUGAAGAACGAGUCGACACCUUCACCGUCGACUCAUUAGCAGUAACUUCUGACGAACCAACAACAGUGUUAAAUCUCCAACAUCUCUAA